UUGUUAUAUCUGUGGGCAAAACUUGAUUGUACUCCAUUUUUUAUUUCAGGUGUUGAGAAAUGUCCAGAUAAUUUAGUAAUAACAGAGAGCAAUUGCAACCAAUCUUAUUGGCUAGCGCAAAGAACUUGCAAGGACCCCGAAAUAACUCUUGUAGGAACAGUUUGUGGGUUUUCUAGAUGUGACUGUCCUGGAACGACAGUCAUGGACACUGAGACGGGCUUCUGUUACGAAGUCGAUAAUUGUCCAAUGAAACAUGAAAUGCAUUUUGCUAGCAAACAAAAAGAAGAAGAAAAAUUGGAACGAAUAUACUAUGGUCCUCUGACACCACAGAUCCGAGCUGUUAAGAUAUUUUCUGUAUCAUCCAGCGCCGCCGGCUUAGCUGCACAACCUAUUAUAAUUAGGGAAUCCUCAUCCAUUGGAAGCACUUCAUUAAUAGUAGCGCUAUGCUCCGUUGUUGGCUUCUUUACGUUUGUAACGCCAAUAUUACUACAUUUUAUAACUAAGAAGUAUGUAACAGAAAUGCACUAUAACCCUGAAACAGAUACAUACAGGGCUACAACAUUAAAUUUCUUCAUAGCACCAGUUUACCAUCAUUUCAAGACUGAUGAUGUUGUAGUACCAGACAUCCCUGGAAUGUUCACCACCAUGGUAGCUAAAGGGAAACCCUUAUUCAUUGAAGCCAGACAUUUUUCCGACCCCCUGUACUAUGCUAAGAUCAUGGGAUAUGACAAACCACUAGACUUCAAACUCGGGGAACCGCAAGACAAUGAAAACAAAACUAGUUAA